UCCAUACAUAUCACAAUUGCUUUACCGCAAAAAAGUUUGUGUGUUUUUUCAAUUGUGUGCAUAGUGUCAGGAAGAAUACAUUUUUAUUGGAUAAUUGCCCUUUAUAAUGUCGUUGAUGAAGCAAACCAGCUACUUUUGAAUUGCCCGACCACUUGGCUGGUUCCAUUAUAAAAUAAGCGUAAACGGAAGCUGUAAACGGUCAGCAAGGAUUAGCAGCUAAAGCAGCACGAGGCUGAUGCCUAACACUACGUCCACUGGUACAUCCAUCGACCUAUCUGCAGAUUUCACGUCUAUCUCGGAUUUGGACAUGAACAAUACAUCUGCUUCGACUAGUGCCAGUGGCCAGUCGCUAAAUCUUGAUACGACGGACACUUUACCAGCGCAGGCUGCAGAUGUAACUGGGGAUAUUACCUUUGAUGACUCGAGUAUAGAUGCAGAGAUCGAACUUAUACAUCGCUACUGUGAAAAUAUAGAAAGGAAUUUGUCGAGCAUAGGUCUAGGUCCUCCCAGAAUGUCUGCAUCAAGUGUUCAUCGUCUUAGUAGCGACAACAACGACGACGUCAUUGUAUCAGCAUCCACACCCGUGCGUAUUCGGGUGAAUACUCGUGCUGCAUUAAGAGAACCCGUAGACUUUAUUGACUUGUCGGAUCAUGAGUUUCGCGCUCCCGCCUUUUAUCUGCCAACCAAUGAUGUUAUAGACCUUUGCACACCUGAGGGACCAACCUUGCAAAGUAACCGCGCAACACCUGAUAUAUCGAUUAUACCCCCGAAUCCAUACCGUCGUAGACGUAUAAAUACCACUGUGGAAAACUCUUCUACGCAGCAGGGAAUAUGUAUUAUUAAUGAAGAGGAAAGUGGUUCAUCACCAAAGCGCUCUCGCGAUGAAAGUGAUGACGGCUCUUAUAAGUGUCCGGUAUGCUUGGAGUCAGUAAGGCAGCGCGAACCCAUAACAACCAAGUGCGGGCAUGUUUUCUGUAAUUCCUGUAUACAAGCCGCUUUGCGAACCACGCACAAGUGCCCUUUGUGCAACAAGAAGAUGACCGCUCGCCAAAUUUCCCGUAUUUAUAUUUAAUGGAAGUCAGGAAUGUUCUACACAUAUUUUUUUUUGUUUAUUUCCUUACAUAUUAUCGUUUACUCAUUUAUGUUCUCAUUUGCAUUAAUUUUUGAUUUCUAAAAUGUAAGUUAUGCUGUGGAGUUUUGAUCAAUCUUUAUUUUAUAUUUGCGAUUACAUUGUCAUAUACAUGAUAAGUUAUGAUAAGUUAUUAUAUAUUACCUAUCAAUGUAUUAAUGCUAAAGACUGUUAAAGUUAUAAAAAUAUUUCAAAGAAUGCUACUUUUGUAAACGCCCUGUUCAUGGUAUCGCCAGCAUCGAAGAUUUAUGCGCUGACCAGGUAAAAGAAAACUGUUGCAAAU